AUGAGAUUCGAGACUUUGAUCGUCAGCAUCCUGGCCUCGGCCGCCGUCGCCGUCCCCAUGAAAGGAGACGGAGCCAACGCGGCCCUGCAAGCCCGGAACGUGGCUCCCAGAAACGGCGCCAUCCCCGCGCACUUUGCGAGGCGCGACGCCAAGGAGGAUGCCAAGAAGAAGCUAGAGGAGGAGAUGGACAAGGCCAGGAAGAAGCUCGAGGACGCAAAGAAGCACCUCCCCAAGGUCCCGCACAUGAACAUCACCAAGCCGGGAAUGCCUCCCAAGGAACAGGUGAAGAAGCGCGCCGCCACCGCGGAGCUCUUUAGCGACCCCAAGGUUGCUGUUGCCGACGGAAGGAAGAUGGAUGACAAGUCCAAGCGUGCCGUCUCGGUCGAUGAUGCCAAGAAGAAGGCCGAGGAAGAGAAGAAGAAGGCUGAAGAAGAGGCGAAGAAGAAGGGAGAGGACGCCAGAAAGAAGCUUCCGCCCAAGAUGCCCGGCGGCAAGAACAACACCAAGCCCGGCGAGAAGCCCAAGAAGAGCGACCCCAAGAAGACCACCCCGAAGCGCAGCGUAAACCUCCAGCAGCGCGACCCGCUGAGCAUUGGCGACAUUGAGAAUGACAUUAAGAAGGGACUCGAGAAGCUCAAGAACAAGUUCGGCAAGCACAAGAACGGCACCGCUCCCGCCCAGCCUGCUGCUGCUGCUGCUGCCAACGAGAAGCGGGCCGAGGGCGAAAUGGAGACCGACUCCAAGAAGGACUGCGACAAGAAGAAGGACGGCAAGAAGCACAAAGGUCCCGGCAAGGGAACCAACACCACCAUGCCCAAGUCCAAGCCCACCACGCCUCCCAAGGGCAAGCGCUCGCUGCCCGUCAGGCUCCCCGUCAUGUUCUAA